AUGUCGCUACCAGAUUAUGUCAUAAAAAGCUUGCUCCAGGACGUGGAGGCCAGUAACAAAACCAGAGAGGAGUUCAGCCUCCAACAAUUGGUAGAGGAGAAGCCUUCAACGUACGGAGAGAAGGGAUCUGAUCUGCGUCGAGGCCUACAGAGAAGGUUCUAUUACUACAAAAGACGUUGUACACCACAGCAAUACUUGAAAGGCCGAAACAAUCUACCUGAGGAAAAAGGAGUUCGUUGUGGCAUGGCUGAGGCGAGGGUUCUUGGCCCUAAUGAUUAUGAUCUAUUGAUGACACCAUAUGUUCUCUUGACAGUCGCUCCUUCUUUCACUCGAUGCACCGAGCCCCAUCAUAUUCGCAAAGCCAGCAAUCUACUUUGCAAGACUUAUGAGAAUAUCCUCAAUGAGGCGAAGUCCCAUCCCUUCAUUAACCAAGUUGCCUUGCCCUUGCUGGCAUCUGGAUCCUCUCGUGGUGAUCUGAAACUUCACAAGAUGAUGGAAGUAGCUGUGCUUGCCGUCUAUUCCUGGGCUUUGGACAACAGUGGCUUGAAAGAUAUUGUCUUCUUCGUGGAAAGCAAGAAGAACGCUGUAAAGUUUGCGGGCUACAUAGACGAUACUAUAGAUGGCUGCAUUAAAGCCAAGCUUACGUGA